GGGAGGACAGCCAGCGGCUUCUGGCCCUUCUUCGCGUCCGAGAGAGACCGGCGAGCCGUGCGCGAGCAGCGCGUGCUCGAGGUCGGGACCUGCUGGAACGGCAUCGUGGUGCUCGACGGGGACAUGCUCCUCGACCCGCCCCUGCGCAGCAGCGACGCGGGCUGGGACGCUGACGCGCUGCGCUUCCAGCAGCCCCCGGAGUGCAUCAUCUCCGAGUGCAUGCUGCUGCCGCUGGCCAUCACCAACGCGACAGGCGGCGCGCCGGUGGUCAUGGACCCGUCCGUCAUUGUGGGCUACAGCGUCAAGUGGUGGAGGUACUACGCCGUGUGGCUGCGCAUGCCCGUCGUGCGGCUGUGGAUGAGGCUGUUUGAGGAGGGCUACUGGGGCCUCUGGUGGAGGCUGGGGAUGGGCAACGGGCUGCGCUGGAACGGCCUGGACAACGGCAAGGAGAAGGACGAGUGCGUCGUCACCGGGUGGCCCAGCUGCGAGGAGGACGAAUACGCCGUCAAGGGAGCGUUGAGGUUCAGCAACUGA